AUCCGCGCAUGCGCAGUGGUGAUCGCAGGACUAGUAGUCAUGGCGGCGUUCAGGGCCGGGUUCGCUGCUCUGGCUCGCAGCGCUUCCUUGGCUUCGGUGGCCGGGCGGAGAGUUGGCGGUGGUUGGUUGGUGCCCUAUUCCAGUGUGAGAGCAGCUCAUGAUCUUCCCUCUCAUCUUAUGCCUGGACCUUAUCCCAAGACACCAGAAGAAAUGGCAGCUGCUGCCAAGAAAUAUAAUUUGCCAUUGGCGGACUAUAAACCCUACCCAGAUGAAGGAAUGGGGUGAGCUUUAACUUGGUCUACACAAGUGCAAUUCAUUUUA